AGUACUCCUAGUAUCCAGGAUCGGAAUUACAAUGUGCCAUUGUUUUACGGUAUUAGCUGUAAAAAUAAAGGCGUAAGGUCCGUGGGCAAUAAAGCUUUAUGGCACGUGAGAGCGGACCUUAGAUCUUUAUUUAAUAGGGUUGAAGAGUCAAAUUCAUUUGCAGCAUUUCUUUGAGCCCGGAAGGACGAGAAGGAAUUUUGAUAUGGGAUCCCAACUAUUUCCCAUGGUCGAAAUGGUGUCCUGUAUUGUUGUUCUAUAUUUUGUACAGUCUGUUCAAUGGACAAUGGAAACCUGUCUGUUGUUCUGUCAGAUUUCCGUGAAAAUGUGUGUAGUGGUGUCCCUCUACUGUAUAUUCGUACUGUCUGUGGUUAAAUGUUUUAUGUCAAAUCUACAGGCAGCGGCCAGUUUACAAGUUACACCAACACCAUGUUCAUGAAUGGGUCACUCCACUACACGUAACAUCAUAUUGCCUUAGUUUUACCAAAAAAUAAGGGAGUUUAGUAACUUUUUUUUGAUGGCAGCAGAUGGUUGAUUUUUUUUCACAAACAUAAGGUAACUGGUGAGGACUCGAUGAAAAGCAAGUAGAAAGAAGAAUGGUCUUUGGAAUGAAGAUUCUUGUUUCAUCCUGAUAAAACUGUAGUCAGAAUUUGAUUCCAGCUGAACAAGAUGAUGGACCGGUCCUUCCCUGUGACAGAACAUAAUCCUUGUUACCAGCAAGACUGCGGCCCUUGAUGACAGCCUUUAAGCAUUCUUCACAUGGAGUCCUUCAAUGCAAUGUUCCAAAGCAGUUUUUAAGCAAUCCUGGAAAUGCAGAGUGAUGUCAUUUUGGCCUGGGACCUGCACAAUCUGAAGAUGUCUCUAGUUGGUUUUCUGUUGGAAAAGAUGGGAUAAGCUGUGUAUAGAGCCACAAUCUAAUUGGCAGCAAACAAUUUCAUGGCGUUUCAUGUCAAUACCCUCUGAUAUCUCUGUGAUAUGAUCCCACAAACUUCUAGAGAUGGAUGCACACAACCCAGCACUGCAUACAUGGGGGUACAAUGUAAACUGGCCACUUGUUGUAGACUGUUGUACUGUUGUUGUGUUUUGUUGUGUAGUUGAUGUACUGUACCUGUGUCACUUUUUAACCCAGAAAUCGAAAUGGACUUUGUUGUCCCGCUGAAGGAUGUUUCUGUGCCUGAAAAGAAACAGGCUAAGUUUGAAUGCACCAUCACGAAGGAUGUCUCUAAGGUCAUGUGGUAUAAAGGGGAUGACAUUGUCACCCCAGACCAAAAGUAUGACAUCAUCGAUGAUGGAAAGAAGCAUAUGCUGAUUAUAAACUGUUGUGAGUUUGAUGACGAGGAUGAAUAUACGAUUGCGGUUUUGGGAAAACUCUCAACAGCUAGACUCACAGUGGAGGGUAUCAGGCUCAAAUUUAUCUCGCCAAUAAAGGACCAAACUGUGAAGGAAGGCAAAACAGCUCGGUUCGAGCUGGAGCUCUCUCAUGAGAACAUCCCCGUCACCUGGUACAAGAACGACGUUAAAAUUCAUCCCAGCAGGACAGUGGUCACUCAUGUGGAUGGAAAGAAACAUGUGCUAGAAAUAAAGGAAGUGACUCUAGAUGAUACAUGCCAAAUUAAGGCUGAGGCCAAAGGAAUUCCUUCCAUGGCUAACCUGACGGUCAUAGAGGGAGAUGCGUACUUCACAGUUAAGCUGCAGGACUAUACUGCAGUGGAGAAAGACGAGGUGGUUCUAGAUUGCGAGCUCAGCAAAGAUGUGGAUGUCAUGUGGUACCACAAUGAGGCAGAGAUCAAGCCCUCUAAGAUGGUGGCCAUUAAGGCCGAGGGCAAACGCAGAACCCUCAUCAUCAAGAAAGUUGCCGACAAAGACAAAGGACAGUACCUAUGUGAUUGUGGAACAGACAAGACAACGGCAAUGCUUCACAUUGAAGCUCGCCACAUCAAGGUGGUUCGGCCGAUGUAUGGCGCUGAGGUCUUUGACGGAGAGACCGCUCGAUUUGAGGUCGAGCUCAGUGAGGACGAUGUCCACGGCCAGUGGAAACUGAAUGGCGAAGUCCUCAGUCCAUCUGCUGAUGUUGAGAUCGUGGAGGAUGGUGCCAAACACACACUGGUCUUGUACAACUGCAAAGUGCCUCAAACAGGCGAGUUGGCGUUUACUGCCGCCAACGCCAAGUGUUCUGCUAACCUGAAAGUGAAGGAGCUCCCAGUCUCAUUCAUUACACCACUGGCUGAUGUGCACGUGUACGAAAAGGAUGAGGCAAGGUUUGAGCUGGAAAUUUCUAGAGAGCCCAAAAGCUUCCGUUGGCUGAAGGGAUCUCAGGAGUUGUCAAAUGAUGAUAAGUUUGAACUCCUGGUGGAGGGAAAGAGACACACUCUUAUUGUAAAACCUGCCAGAUAUGAAGAUGAAGCCAAAUACAUGUUUGAGGCUGAAGAUAAGAGGACAUCUGGAAAAUUAAUUAUCAAAGGUAUUCGCCUCGAAUUUAUUAAGCCGAUUAAAGAUGUGACCGUGAAGGAACGUGAAACAGCAGAGUUCAGCAUUGAACUCUCUCAUGAAAAGAUCCCGGUAGUCUGGUACAAAAACGACAUCCGUCUGCACCCCAGCAAGGUGGUGCACAUGUCAGAGGUCGGAAAAGUCCACACACUGGCCUUCAAGGAGGUCACCAUCGAUGACACCUCCAUGAUCAAAGUCGAGGCCAUGGGCAAGACCUCAGAGGCCAUGCUCACAGUGCUCGAGGGCGACCUGUACUUCACAGUGAAACUCCAGAACUACACCGCCGUCGAGAAGGACGAGAUCAUUUUGGCCUGCGAGCUGAGCAAAGCCAAAGACGAAGUCAAAUGGUUCAAAGACGGUAACGAAAUCUUUCCCUCCAAGAACAUUCUCAUCCAAUCAGACGGCAAGAAGCGCAUGCUGGUCAUCAAGAAGGCGGCAAAGAGCAACAUUGGAGCGUAUACCUGCGACUGUGGCACCGACAAAACCACAGCUGACCUGAACAUCGAAGGUAAUACCUGCGGCGAGCUGGCUCCUCCCCCAGACCCCGAUCAGGACUGCAGAAUCAGGCCCUGCCCACCGUCCAAUCACCGAAACCUCGCCUCCCUCCGUCCUUCAUUACUGUGUCCUGUACUCUCAUUCUGAAUGUUUGUAGUGUUUGGGACACUUGAGGAUAAUCCAGCCCUAUACAUCUUAAGUGAUCGUUAUAACUGUAUAUAGAAGCAUGUAAAAGUUUAACCAAUCCCGUAAUCAUGCUAGCUCUCUUUUAAAAUGCAGCAGAGAGAUUCAGAUAGGGGGUGUGGCCAUGAGGCUACGUAAUGUGUGAUCUGGGAGGUAACGCCGACCAGAGUGACAGACUGACCACUGUUCACAAUAGCAAGAAUAUAGCAGCCGGUAGUCAGAGCUAACAGAGCUAAAGGAGCUAACCAGCCAUAAAUAGCUGUGUCAGACUCCACUGGAGCUUUUACAGUGACUAGAAGCAUAUUCAUGCUGUUUGUAAAAGUUUUUGUGUGCUACCUGUGUUGUAAAGCUAGCGGUUUAGAGAGGCUAACUCUCCAGUGUCUAUGGUAGAGUGUCAGGCUAACGGCUGUGUAGCAUUCCACAGUCUGCAGAGUGGAGACGUUGGUCUUAUAUAAGCAGGGGUUAGUUGGUGACAAAAGCUGCCACUACUAAUGUCACCUGCCUCCAGAUCAGCCAAUAGCAAAAUUCAAGUCCAGUAGCAGGUUUCAACCAGUAGAGGGUGAAAAAUAAUAAAUAAUUAAAAUAAUUUGCACUAAAAUGUUCAGAUUGGGACCUAAAUAGGAUGUAAACUAUUUAUUUAUAGUUGUUGAUCAUAUUAAGAACACAUUUAUGAAGUUGAUUAUUUCUAUUUUUAUUUAUUGCUAAUACAUGAAUGAUUAAUAGCAAUAAUAGUAAUAGCUGCAAAAAAAAUAAAAUCUGGAUUUAUUUCUGACAGGAACACUGUUCUGAUGAAAUAAUAAGUAAAUUACUUCCUAAAAAGACACUUGAACAAUUUUAACAAAAUUUGAAAUUUGCAAAAUUACAAAAUAACUCUCAUGAACUUUAUUAAAGUUUCCAAUCAAUAAUAUGUUAU